UUUAAAAGAGCGCCAUUUUAUCUUAUCAUAAAAGAUUUGGUUAAGUCUAUAUCUUUAUGAAAUAUUGUAAUUUAAAUAUCGGCUUCCUUUCGCUAAUAUUUUUAGCAUUAAAUAUUCUUUGUGAAAAUAUGUUUACUAUGAAAGAAUAAAUUUUCUGAACUUGCAUAUAAAUUGCAUUAAAAAGCGAUUGCGUUCUGAACACUUCAGAUUUUGAGGUGAAAAACGUAGGAGGAAAAUAUGGCGUUACAUAGUGUACCGCCAAAAAGAAAAGAAAUCUAUAAAUAUGAGGCACCAUGGCCUUUGUACAGUAUUAAUUGGUCAGUAAGACCUGAUAAGCGAUUUCGUUUGGCUCUUGGUAGUUUUGUGGAAGAAUAUAACAAUAAAGUACAAAUAGUUUCAUUGGAUGAAGAGACUUCUGAAUUUAGUGCCAAAAGUACAUUUGAUCAUCCAUAUCCAACUACAAAAAUUAUGUGGAUACCUGAUAGUAAAGGUUUGUUUCCAGAUCUUUUAGCUACAUCUGGAGACUAUCUAAGAGUUUGGAGAGCAGCUGAACCAGAAACUCGUUUAGAAUGUGUUUUAAAUAAUAAUAAAAAUUCAGAUUUUUGUGCCCCUCUUACAUCUUUUGACUGGAAUGAAGUAGAUCCAAAUUUAAUUGGUACUUCUAGUAUAGAUACAACAUGUACUAUUUGGGGAUUGGAAACUGGUCAAGUUUUGGGUAGAGUUAAUAUGGUCACUGGCCACGUUAAGACACAGUUAAUUGCUCAUGAUAAAGAAGUAUAUGACAUAGCAUUUAGCCGCGCUGGUGGUGGUCGUGACAUGUUUGCAUCUGUUGGUGCAGAUGGUUCUGUGAGAAUGUUUGAUUUACGACAUUUGGAACAUUCAACGAUAAUAUAUGAAGACCCGCAACAUACACCGCUUUUGAGACUUGCAUGGAAUAAGCAGGACCCUAAUUAUCUUGCAACAGUUGCAAUGGACGCGUGUGAAGUAAUUAUUUUAGACGUCCGCGUGCCAUGUACACCAGUUGCGAGACUUAAUAAUCAUAGAGCAAGCGUUAAUGGUAUUGCUUGGGCACCACAUUCGUCUUGCCACAUUUGUACGGCGGGAGAUGAUCAUCAGGCAUUAAUUUGGGACAUACAACAAAUGCCACGAGCCAUCGAGGAUCCGAUUCUUGCCUACACCGCUGCCGAAGGAGAAGUGAAUCAAAUUCAAUGGGGCGCCACACAACCUGACUGGAUUGCAAUUUGUUAUAACAAAGCGGCGGAAAUUCUCAGGGUGUAAAAAAAGUAUUUUUUAUUAGGUUUAUGCCACUCUGCGUGUAGCAAAAUUUUUCUUGCAAAUUAUCUACUUAAAUUUAUUAAAUGCGUUUGACCUUAGUAUUUGUACAGAAUUUCGCCUAUGCCAUAAGAUUUUUUUAUACUUCUUUUUGUACCUGUAAAAUAGACGUGUAUAAAUACUAGAUAUUUUUUAAGAUAUUGGAAAUAUCUGAAACGAUUAGCGUGUAUCUUUUAAUCAAAGUCUGUAUAAAUUUUAAACUUUUUUAAAGAAUCAAUUUGGAAUGAUUCCAUUAAUACUAUCAAUUUUAAUUAUUGGAAUAAAUAAGGCUUAAGCGGUUUGAAAAUAUCCAGUAUGUAUACAUGUUAAUUUAAUGCAAUGGUUUAUCAUUGUGUCACUGAUAUUUUACUUAUCUAAGGUUUGGGAUCCUCAGGUUUUUCGAAUAAUUGUCAUGCGACCGACUACAAUCAUACAAAUUUAAAAAAGCUCAUUGAAUAAGUAAAAGUUAAGUAGUAGCAUAAAACUGGGUACGAUAUAUAAAUAAUGAUGAACCACGUGUAUAUUUAUAUUAAUGUAUAAUGAAUUAAUCGAUGUAUCUUAUUUUGUGGUGAUAUGUACAUGAUGAGGUUCCAGGAAUAACGAAUCAGUCUGUUUCUUACAGUAAUCCUAGAAUACUCAAGAAACGUUUGAAUAAUCAUUUUACAUGAAAUGCAACAAAAUAAAAUAUAUCCAUUACAUUAUACAAUUGUAUAUAUGUUUAUACUUACAUAUUUACUUGAUUUUGUAGAAAAAGAUUAUAUAAUUAGGAUAUAUAACUAUCAAUUUUUCAUACACCUUUUCACUACAUUCAUAAUAUGUAUUGUUGGAAAAUGUAUGCAAAAAUUAUUAACAUAAAAUGCAAUGCAUAUUCGUACUUUAAUAAAAGAAAGAAAAUUUUCGAGUUCUUUUAUUAAAAUGAAAAAAGUUAUAGCAGUAGCGCUCGUGAUAUUAGUAUUAGUAAUAAAAUAUUUACUUAUGAAAUUAUCGAUCAAAAUUCUGAUCGAAGAUAAGUCUUUUUAUAUGUUAUUAAUUUAAUUCGAUAGUUUCUAACAUAAUUAAUAACAGAGGCGUUAAUUAAGGAUCACACUAUCUCUAUUCCGAAUAACCUGAUAGGAUUCAUAAUUAGUACAAUUUAUCUUUUAGAAAAGUACGAUUUAUAUUGGUACUCAAGUGUUUUAUAAUUUACAACUACAUAAUGAGCGAGAUGCAUUAUUUACAAUAAUGAAAUGUGUGUGCGAGAUAAAAUAUUAGUCAAUUAAUACAUUAAUUUUUCACGAUAAUCUCCCGUUCGUUUUCCAUUAAAUAUCCGAUAACUUUACACAGAUAUAGGAUUAAACUAUUAUAAUGCUAUCGCUAUUUCAAUAAAUAUCAGUAACUCUGAUGCAGA